AUGGACUCCACGUUUGGCAAGGUCUUCAUGUUUCUCACGGAUCUCGCCUGGAAGAGCCGUCUCACCAUACCCGUUUUGGUCACCACUGCAUUUCUCGUCAUGGAUAUCCGCCUGCAGAUCGAGAUCAACAUUCAAUCCGGGCAAUUUAAUGCCAGCGAUCUGGAUGAUGCGGAUGAUGGUCUUGACGAUCAGUUCGGUGCCCAUGAUCACGGAACGGAUGACGAGAGCGGCAGUGAUAGCUACACGGAUGAGGAGUAUAACAGCGAGUACACUAAUGACGACGGCAAUAACAGCGAAUUGUCCCUCUUUAGCCAGGACGUGUACGAUCCUUGGGGGUCAGAGGACGAAGUCGACAUUACCUAUUCGCGGGAGAUGCAGUUCUAAGGCACAAUUUAAAUUUUAGGCGUAAACGGGAGUAACUAGCUUUAUUUUAUGUAUAUAUAGUACUCAGCAAUAUCGAAACCCUAUUUAUCCAUUUUAUGCAGUCAUAUUAAAACAAACAUAGUUAAGUGCAA